AUGGCGUCCUAUAAGGUUGUCUCUAGGUUAUCGUCCCGAUUACAACCCUUCACCUGCAAUCUCAACAAGACGUCUCUUGCAUCAGAACUCUCUCAGCUCAAAUCGAGCCUUCACUCUCAGACCUCCGCUCCUGCUCGACGCAUUUCUCGCCUUUCCAGGUUACCGUCGGAGUUGGGCAGUGUGGGCUCAAUGAUGCCAUUACACAGCGCGGUGGCUUCGGCACGGUUGAUAUCGAGCUUGUCCAUCGAGUCUCAAAGCUGGGGUUUAGUUCCUCAAGCCGCAAUGUACUUAUUAGACUGA